CAUUUACGUUUCAGUUCAUUGGAAGUUAGUUUUACACAACCACAACUAUCAAGAUGUCCGACAGUGAGGGCGGGAUGGAUGGACCAAACCCCAAGGUUCGUCGAGUGGAGAAUUUUGACGAGUACGCCAAGAAGGUCUUGAAAGACAGCUCCUUGAGUAAGGCGGCUCUCAGUAACGACCUGAUUCGGGAGUUUAUUAACGAUAAACGACUGGCCAACGAAGACGCCAAGGAAGCAGCUCAUGCCCUAAAAGCAUCAGAAAUUGAUUACGAUCAGUUCAUCGUGGACCCGGAGGGCAAGAACUCGAUCGAGGCACGUGUUCAGACGCGCAAGCAGAUCGACGUCAUUCUCAACUUGUUGAUCACCGAGGCGCCCCUGAGUUCGAAUGCAUACGCCAGCUGCUUGCAUUAUACUCUUUCUAUGAGUUCUAUAUGUAUAGAGAGUCUAUCUGUGAGUAUGUAGAACUGGUUUGAUCGUACCGAGUGAAGCUAUGUCCAUUCCGAUUGAUCACGAAUCUUUUGACACAGAGUCUGUCUUUGCUGUUGGUAUUGAUUGAACUUGCUUCAUGAGUAAGUAGUUUACUUCUUUUUUCACGAUUGAUUCAACUUGUAUUAUCUGUUACUUUUUUCCUGCAGUGUUUCCUUUUAUAACGUAUUCGAGCAGCAGUCUCUUCAUGAAUGUAGAAAAGAUGCAUAGGCUCACCCACGUCAGUCAACUUCAUUCUACAUAUGAUAUUAGACUGUACAUCUUUAAAUUUUCGAGGAUUCUGAAGAUCUCACUUUCAUAAUUUACCACUCCCUUCAGCAAACACGUCAAGAAGAUCAUCGACCCGUGCGUUACCCAUGGUCUACCAGAGCAGACGAAGCGAGGCAUCGCGAUCUUCAAGAACUUGCACGAACUUCAUCGGACCACGAUGGACCUUGGUGGUUACACGGCUGACAAGGAGGCGCACGAGCCUGCGAUGUUGGGUUGGACCAUCGCGGCCAUUUUGCCGAAGUUCAAAGGCUUCAAAAGCAUCGAAGACGCCCAAACCUGGUACUGUUAGUUUCUUAGUGAAAGACUAGACUUGUUCGGUACUUCUGUAAAACUUUUCCAUUCACAUCCCUCGCAGAAACAGAGACGCACACUCGUCAUCAGUAUGGUACUGUUAUGAUUAACUGUUCAUCACAUCUCCCUGCUCUUGUCACCAACGUUCUUUCUAAAUUUAUACCAGGUUAACCUCGAACAAGCGCAUGCUCAAGCACUUGGAGUUCAGUUCCGGUGAGAAAUUGUUGGACUUCUUGUUGCGCAAGAUGCAGGAGCACAAGGAAAACCCGACUGAGAAGCUGCAGGCGUUGCGCAAGGCGAUUGAUGUGAUCUCCGAGGAGAAGAAAGAUCUGCUGCGGGCCUUGCUGCCAGGUGCUCACAUUUUUAUCUUCGGUUCACGAAACUACUUGAAAGAACUAUGUUGUUUUAACCUAGUAUGUGCUGUGACUUUGUGUUCUUUACCUGGUGUACUAGUACUACGUCCAUGGAAGAAUCAUACGACUUUCGGACUUUACCUUACGCAAAACAGUAGACUUCAUUCGAAGACGUUCGUUAUUCACUCGGUUAACAGUCAUCAACGAUUAAAACAUUGUCUCACUUAUGCAAACGCUCAUCUUCUACAGCUUUCGGCUACCUCGAGACGGAGGCGGAGACGGCUAAUCUGGGGAAGUACUGCCAGGCGGCCUGUGAGCGUUAUCUUGCCGAACGUUUCCUCACGAAGACUGGCAGCUUCUUCCUGGAGGCCUGGGACGAGAAUGCGCUGGACCUACUCCAUGACGCUGCGGACGAACUUCAGCAGAAGAUGAUCAAAAAGGACAAACAGAAGUACAUCCAGACGUUCUUGGACGAACAGUACCCACAUCAUACCGAGGAGCUGGAGCCUCAGACGCUGGCUGGACUAAAUCGAGCUGAUUCGAAACAGUCAGCUCCGGACAACAAGAAGACCAACGCACCGGCUGAGAAGAAGACGCCAGUCUUUACUCCAGGAGCUCCAGGCAACACGGAAAACAGGAAGGAUCAGUACAACAAGAUUGACGCCAUGUCCGCCCGAAGCUUCAACAUUGACGCUGGAAAAAGCCCUUGGAGAGCCAAGAUCUUCAACCUGGUUGAGUCUUCUUGUAAGAAGAAGGACGACACGACUGCGGAGGCCCAGACAGCUGCACCCAGCACAUCAGGACCCAGCACAGCGGCCAGUGGCUCUGUCGCGGAUGAAGAACAGGAGGUUGAAUACAAGACCGUGACUCUGGCGAACGGCAUGGAGAUCACCUCGAAGGUCAGUCCUAAACCGGACCGUUCGCAGAAGGUGAAGAAGGCUCAUCGCCGUUUGCUUGCUGCUUCGUCACUCGAAUUGCAAGACUCGAUGUCGAAGAUUCGCGAGAUGGCCGACGAAAUGGAUCAACAACAAGGUCGUGACCAAGAUUUUGAGAUGCAGAUCCGUGGCAAGGAUGACGAAAUCAACUCGAACAACAUCACCACGGACUCGGACGAAGAAGCUUCUCAAUCUGAGAAGUUUGAUGGAAUUGACGUGGACCUGGUGCACUUGUUGCUGUUCCCGAUUUUGAAGCGCGGCAUGGCCGUCUACGACUACGUACUAUUACUUUAUUUGUUAACUUUAAUUACUUUCUGCACAGUUCACGAUACACUUUUAGACUUAGAAUCUCCGUUGAGUCUAUCAGGAAAAACUGAAAAACUUCUUGUUCACUAAAUUUUAGUGUCUGAAUUAUUUGCUGGUCUACUCUUCGGAAAUCUAUGUCUCUAUCCUUUCUUCCUCGAGGGACUGUCAUUUUAUAUUUUUGUCCCAUCACUCUCAGUUCGCAACCAACGGCAUGGCGAAGGUCGGAUUUGCUAUCGUUGAUGACGUUCAGAUCCACGAAGACAUUGAAGCUCUUGGCACCAACCUCGAGGACAUGAUGACCAAACUGCCGUCGUGGAAGAUGCCGAACUCCGUGUACUUGUUUCCUUCGGCGGAUGUUGUUCGUGGCGCGCUGAACGUGAUUCUCCUUCGAUUUCAGCACACGAUCUCCAUGAGCCACACGCUGGAUUCCACGUUCAAGGACUUGGUUCGUCAACAGCUGAAGUUCGAGCCGGUGGAGCUGAUCGAUACGUUGGCCACCUACAUGAAGGAGACCUUGGACAUGGAGCUGAACAUCGCCGCAGAAGAUGACGCUUCUUUCGCUUCGGUGGAGGAUUUGUGCAAGGGUGACUUCCUGUCCUACUUGUUGUUCGUGUCGAAGAUCAAUCUCGACGAGCUGGAUGCCUACAAGCCGAAGAAGCUGGCGAACCAGAAAAACCAACAACGUGGCAAGAAAGCAAGUCAGAAGGAUCCGGAAGUCGAUGGCGCGACUCUUCGGCUGCGCAUGUUUCAACAAGUUUGCGGUGCGAUUCGCCACUGCGUCCUCGGUUUGCGCAACGCCGGCGAUCGCUCCUACAGGAGCUACACACUUCCGGCCGAGGUCCGCAAGUGUCAGGAGGCUUUGUUGAAGGCGGUCUCCGAGGAGUGGAUCACGGACUCUCAACGCCAAGACUUAAAGUCGAUGCGUGUGGCUUUUGUACUAACUUAUAAUUUUAAAUUUAUUACACUAUCUUGCACACAUAUUGAAUUCAUUCCCGUACUUGUCUGUGCGCCGUGUCUAUUGUGUUUGAAAGAUCUUUCUUGCAUUGCAAUUCUAUACAUAUUUCUUUCCAUCUUUCUUCCGAGUACAGUACUCAUAUUGAUUUACUCAGUGCUUCUUCUACUUGUCUAUCAAAUUUCAAUUUGAAUCCUCCAAAUAUUUUUUCAGGGCAGUUUUUGCGACAGUCUGUUUCUGUACUUGGUGCGGCAGGGCGACUUCGUGCGUUGGUGCAACAAGAUGCGCAGUAAGGCCCCAUCUGUUGCGGAAUGGAACAAGAAGGCCAUGGAGGUGGAAAAGCGUGGCCCCUUUCAAGCGGUGUACCUGCUGGCCAACCACCGUUUCCAAGAGGUGGGAACUUAUGCCGCUGUCAGGAGGUUCAAUGCGGAUGAAGCUGGUAACAAGUCGAAGAAGGGAAGAGUGAAGGAAACGCUUUCGCUCAAUGACUACUAA